GACCAAGCAGCCAAGGCCCAACUCGGGGGUGACGAAGCCAUGGAUGUCGACCCCAAGGCCCCUAAGAGCCUCAAGAAGGCCGCUCGUGUGCAAAAGCGAAACCAGAAGCCUCGCAACUCGAUUGUUUUCAAGAAGCGCCAAUCUUCCGGCAAGAGAGGAUCCAAGAAAUAAGGGAUUUCUCGGAUUGAAUCAAAAAGGCGUUUGGGGAGUUAGCUGUGGCACUAUCGAAUUACAUGAUGUAAACAUGACAAGUAACAGGUAUAUAUUCAAACAUGAAGCGUGA